GAGCUGAGGCUGCGGCGGAGUGGGUUGUGGCUUUGACUGCGGCGGCCGAAGUCGCUCUGCUCCGGGCGGCCCGGGGAGGGCGGAUUCUUCUCUGUGGACUGUGGGCUACGAGACUCAGCCGCGACCUCCGAGGACCUCGAUGUUCGCCCUGCGUACCCGCCGCAGCGCGAUGAUGCUCCACGGGUUUUCCAUUUUCUGUUACCAGAAGGACAUUAACUGAAAGCACUGCAGCAAUUGGGAUGUUGCGGCAGAACGGUGGAAGUAACAAGCGUGGUCUAUCAUUUGCCCGAUUUUCUCUAUGUAAUCUUUUCCCUCUUCCUAAUUCUGGAAACUGGAGGAUGGGGCACUGCACCAAAAGCAAUUCUUUGAGCAGCAUAACUUCCAACCCAAAUUGCUGUAACAGCCCCAUUAUUGAUCCAGAGUACGUGAAGCAGUUGGUCAAUGAUGUCAGAAGGUUUGCGGAGUUGUUGCUGUGUUUGAAAGAAACCAUCCUUUCAGAAGACCAUCAAUCUUGUUUGCAUGAUGUGGUUCAUGAACGUCUUGGAGAGCUGCUAAGAAUCCUUCAGGCCAUAAUAAAGAAACACCAAAUCCUUAACUCAGCUGAUAUUCUCAAUGCUGCAGGAGUAAUGAUUGCAAAAGUGAAAGCUGUGGACUUCAACAACAUUAAUGAAGAAAAUAAGAGACAUCUUUUCAGUGAAAUAUUUUCUUCUAUUGAAUCAUUGGCAUUCACCUUUGGCAACGUUGUUUCCGAUUUUCUCAUGGGAGAUGUAGACUGUGGUUCAUCAUCAGAAAUUCAUGUGUCGCAAAAAAGUCAAUCAUCAGAGAACAUUUCUGUGGAAUCAUUGGGAUUGCUACAUGAAAAAGAUAAUCUUCAAGGACCUCUGUGGCCCAAAGAACUAGAAAGCAUACUUCUGAGAAAUGAUGAUGGAGUUGAAUUGGCUUUGUCCUAUGCCAAAAUGUGGUCAAAAUAUGCCAAAGAUAUAGUUACAUGGGUUGAGAAAAAAAUUAGCUUGGAAAUGGAGUGUGCUAGAAACAUCGCAAAGAUGGCAGAGACCACUAAAGCCAUUAUUGGACACCAGGAAUUUAUGCCAUUCCAAGGUUUAUUCUUAAAUGCAUUUGCUAAUGAUAUUGAGAACAGUCAGCUUAUACAACAAACAGCAGCAGCUCUUCAAGCCAACAAAUUUGUUCAGCCUCUCAUUGGGAGAAAAGGUGAAUUAGAUAAACAGAGAAAAGAAAUGAAAGAACUUUGGCAGCGAGAACAAAAGAAAAUGCAAGAGACAGAGGCAUCUCUAAAAAAGGCAAAAUUCUUAUGUAUACAACAACAGAAUGAAUAUGCAAAAGCCAAGUCUUCUACAGGUCGUGCUGAAGAGGAACAUCUGAGCUCAAGUGGGGGGCUUGGGAAAGAGGCCAGCAAGCAAGUAGAAAAAAGACGAAGGCUGGAAGAAGAGGCUCUGCAAAAGGUUGAAGAAGCAAAUGAACAUUACAGAAUUGUUAUGAUAGAUAUGGAAGAAAGGCGAAAUGACUUAGACCGUACGAAAAAUGAAAUUUUAAUACAACUUCAUAAUCUUCUUUUGCAGUGUGAUCUAACUCUUAAAGAUGUCAUAAUAAACCUCUUCCAGAUACAACAUGAGCACCUUCUCUCUCUUCCAAUUAACUGCCAAUCUCUCUGGGAGAAUGCCAAGUCAUAUGACCCUGGGAGAAACUUUGCAGAGUUUGUAAGGGCAAAAACUUCACCUAAGGAGGAUGUUCAUCAUAAAUCUUUUUCUUUUGACAAUUUAAAAAUUGAUGGAGGGAUGCCCCCUUGCCGAUCAUGGUCAGUUAUUAACCAAGGUGGUGGAAUGUACAGUGAUACAGAGAGUGCUGGAGGAAGCAGUGAAUCAAGAUCCAUGGAUUCUCCUUCUGGCAGUCCAGGAGCAUUUAAACGCAGGCUUCCUCGUACACCAUCAAUGGGGACUAUGUCUUCUGCUGAUGAGCUCAAUGAAAGAGAACCACCGUCUCCUUCUGAGAUUGCCUUAAGUGAACAUUUAGCUGAAAUUAGUUCCCCUGGGCCAUUUCGAAAUGUAAUUAAAUCAAAAGCUGCUCUUAGCCACAAGUUUCGGAAACUGAGGACUCCAUCCAAAUGUAAGGAAUGUGACAACUUAGUUAUAUUCCAAGGAGCAGAGUGUGUGGAGUGCUCCCUUGUAUGCCAUAAAACAUGUUUGGAAACAUUAACAAUCCAGUGUGGGCACCAGAGACUUCAUGGAAAAUUGCAUCUAUUUGGUGGAGAAUUUGCUCUAGCUGCUAAAAAUGCCCCUGAUGGCAUCCCCUUCAUCAUUAAAAAAUGUACAUCAGAAAUUGAAAAACGAGCCUUGCAUGUGAAGGGCAUCUACCGUAUGAAUGGAGUUAAAUUAAGAGUAGAAAAACUCUGCCAAUCCUUUGAAAAUGGAAAAGAUUUAGUAGAAUUGUCAGGACUCUGUGAACAUGAUAUCAGCAAUGUUCUUAAGUUAUAUCUUCGUAAGUUACCAGAACCUUUGUUUUUGUUUCACCUUUAUGAUGAGCUUAUUGAUCUUGCCAAAGAAAGCCAGAAUGUAAAUGAAGACUCAAAACAGGCAAACUCUGAAGCUGUGGAUGCUGAACUAAAUAAAGUCCUGAAGAAAAUCAAAGCUCUUCUUAAAAAACUCCCAGCAGCAAACUAUAAUACUAUUAAGUACCUUAUAGGUCAUCUUAAUAGGGUGGUCCAAAAGUCUGAAGAAAAUAAGAUGCCAGCCAGUAAUCUGGGGAUAAUAUUUGGGCCAACUCUGAUCAGGCCUCAGCAGACGGAUGCUAAGGUUUCCCUUUCCUCUCUGGUGGACUGCACUCAUCAGGCUCGAUUCGUGGAGCUUCUUAUAGCUAAUUAUGAGAAGAUUUUUGAUGUAUGCUUGCUACCACUUUCAGCUUCUACCAGUGAAAGCCCCACCUUCAAGCUCCAAAAGCUGGAGUCAUGUUUGGCUUCAAAGGAAGGCAUCCCACUUUCCCAUAACGAGAGUGUAAUUUCAGAAACAGCCACAUCAUUUGGAGGACUACAUGACAAUAAAAAUGCACUAGAAGAAGCCGAUGCAUGUGCAGUGUGUCACAUUAGAAAUGGGCCAGUUUGGCUGGGGCAGAGUGGUAACAAAAUUAAGAAGAGUGAGCAUUUAUGUGGCACCUCAUGUGUUCCAGGUGCUCUGCCACAUGCUUCACAAUUAUUAUCUCAUUUGAUCCUCAUGAUGACCCUGUCAGAAAAUGCCAUGUCUUCAGUAUUUGAUGAGUCUGAAAUCCACCCCUUGAAGAACAAAGAUCAUUACGAAGCUGACAAUCAUUCAGAUAUAAAAUGUAAUCAAAUAACUUUGAGAUCACCAAAGAUAAAGACAUCAGUUAGACCUGUGAGUCUGCCUGGAGAUCAGUUCCUUCUUCCAAACUUUUUAAGUGAGAACAGUUCCAAAAAUAUAAGAACUGUAAAUUCAGAUAAAUUUGAUAAGACUUCAACCACUGAAGAAAUGUCUGAAACAAAAUCUUUUCCUAACUCAUCCUCUAGACUUUGUUGUUAUGACCCUAAAACUUGGGACAAACAAGUUAGACAAUAUGAUAAUAUGACUACAAGGACUGCAGUUAUCAUGCCCAAUACACUCCAGGAAAACAGAGAACUAGACAGUGGUACAAAUUGUGUUUUAUCUCUCAUCUCUGAUAACUCUCGAUCUAGUGCCAUGCACCUCAGCCAGCCAGACAUGGUACCAGUCACAGUGCCUAGAAUAAUAGAAGAAGGAUGCUCUUCAAAUUCUCAUCCUCUUCCUACUUUCAGGGCACGGAGAACUCUGCAGCCCCCACCAGGGACAUUUUAUAUGCCACAUCCUAACAAUAAAAUAAAAGGAAAUGAGGAAAGUUUUCCAGAAACUUAUACAGCAACACCUAUUAGUGUCAAUCAGAAAAAUACUGUGAAUUUUGUUGUCACCUCAACUUCACCUAGACGGCAGGUAAAUCAACCCAAAAUUAGCCCUGAAGAACUUCGUCCAUCUGAUGUGAAACCAGUGUGCCAGAGGCUAAGACCAAAACGGAUUCAGGAUUUAGAGCAAAGAGAAGCACAAUUUGUGUAGAAUUGACAAAUCUUGGUGGGCAAGGGGGGGUUUUGUUUGGUUGAGAAAUAGGAUAAUAGGAAUGUUGUAGGAAGUCUAUUCAUAAUUGGGUAAAAAGCAAAGCUUGAGUAUCUUCAUUGGGACCAUUUUGUGCCAUAUUUGAAUUAUUUUUAUAAUCAUUUUUAAAGUUAUGCUAGAAGGGUAGAAUGAACUAAAAUGAAGUUGACUUAUUUUUUCCUUUAAUAAUUACUUUAAUAAGUUGUUUUCUUUGGGGGGGUUUUUAGAGCAAAGAGAAGCACAGUUUGUCUACCAAAUGUUGCAUUUUAUUUUUCCUUUGGUUGAGAAAAAGGAUACUAGGAGUGUUGUAGAAGUCUAUUCUUAGUAAGGUAAUAAGGAAAGGUUGAGUCUGUAUUCAUUGGGACCACUUUGUGCCAUAUUUGAAUAAUUUUUAUAGGCAUUAUUUUAAAAAUUAGGCUGGAAGGGUAGAAUGAACCAAAAUGAAGUUGACUUUUUUUCUUAGUUUAGUAAAUUGUUUUUUAAUGUUUUAUUUAAAUGUAUCCAAUAAAAUGCAGUUCUUGAGCUAAUUAGGUGCAAUUGUAAAAGCUUCAGUUUCUGAAGUGGAUCUUAAGUGCUUAUUCAUAUGGGAGAAAAUAAUAUUUCUCUAUGUGAAACUGAAAACUUUUUAGUAUAAAUUAUGUGGUUUUACAAUAGUCUGACUAAUUAAAUUCUUGUGGUUUUUUUUGUAAAAGUUUUUCAAUCUGUGCAAUUUCAUGUUUUUCUCCUUAAUAGAUUAUAUAAUAGCCAAAUUGGCUUGUCAUUGUAUUAUAUGUAUUUUUAUACCUAUGUUUUCAUUUGUUGUCAAUUUUUAUGUUUGUCACUUUAAUUGUACCAAAAAGAUGCACUUAGUGAGCUGCAGAAGUGGAAGGGGUAAUAGUAUGUAUUUGGUGGAGGGCAGAAAAUUAUCAAAAUGAAGAAGCAUGGUCCUACAUAAUUGAGAGGUAUAACUUCUCCCAGACAUUGUUUUAGGAGGAUCUUUUUGAGAGUAGUCUAGCAGAGAAGGUAAGGCCACCAAGGUGAAGAAGCAUGAUCUCCAGAGAUUGAAGCUAAGUGCAAUACCUUCUCCAUGGCAUGUUCUUUCUAGUCUCUUCAGAUGUUGUAGCAGCAGCAUUGACCUGUUGGGAUUGGGAAUGGUACUAGAAUUCUGUUUUUAAAGUCAGUGACUCUCCUGUUUAUGUUGUAUUUUUCUCAGUUUGUCUAAACUUGAGUACAAAAUAUGAGUCAAAAUAAACAGAAUGCCCUCAUUUAGCAUCUGAUAUACCCCUUAUAUUAGAUGUUUAUGCAAUCAUGUUACCUAAACACAAUAAAUAUAACUUUUUAACAACUCA